UGUUGGCAUCUGCUCUGACAUUCCUCCUGAAUGGAUGGUUGGUCUGAGAAGGUAUAAAGGUUUGGAGGUUGGAUGCUGGAGACAGAUAGGUAGAGAGGAAUCCUCCAGAGAGAUCCAGACAUCAUGUCCUCCUCCACACCGGUGUUGCUGCAUCUGCUGCUACUGGUCUCCCUGGCUUCAGCGGCACACUUCUAUGGAGGCUCCAUGUCUGUCACCCCCAAGGGGAGGAACGCCGACGGAACAUUCAAGGUGGAUUUACGCUACAAGAAUACCCAUGAUUGGUGUGAUUACUCUCGCUGGUAUUGUUCCUCAGGGAACUGCGGCUCUUCUAUCACAGAUGUCAGAGGCACAAUUGACAGCAGCAGCAGAGGACGGAGUGGUUACAACAACCAGUGGUGUGAAACUGAAACAGUCGAGACCAGAAAUAUCCCCAGUGAUAAACCUUUUCAAUUGAUACAAAACAGCUGCUGUUGGAUCCCAACAGUGAACGGUCUUGGACGUUGGAGCCUGGAAACACAAGUGGAUCUGGGAACAAGAUCUGAUACUGGUGAACCCAACAGAUCUCCAGUCACAGCCAUUCUUCCUUUCAUACGUGUUCCCCAGAACUGUCAGAGGUCCUACAACCUCACGGCCUUUGACCCUGACGGUGAUCGUGUCAGAUGCAGAUACGGAUUGGUCAGACCUGAGUGCGAUAGUUGUGAUCAGCCUUCAGGUUUCUACCUGGAUCAGGGCUCUUGCUCCUUACAAUACGGCUACACUUCAACGAGUGGCGUCUACGGGUUUGAGCUGGUUGUAGAGGACUAUCCUAACCAACACAUCACCCUGUCCUACACCGAUGGCUCUAGUUCCUCCAGGGCACCGCUUCAUGCAGGGAGACGCCGACGCGCCAGCUACCAAACAACCGUCUCCUAUCCCUGGUGGUGGAGCCAAACCACCACAAGUCCUUCUCCUUGGUGGUGGAGCCAAACCACCACAGCUCCUUCUCCUUGGUGGUGGUGGAGCCAAACAACCACUGUCGCCCCAUGGCCCACUACCACCACCACCCCGCCCACUACCACCGUCCCCUGGCCCACUACAACCACCCCCUGGCCCACUACCACCACCACCACCCCGCCCACUACCACCACCUGGCCCACUACCACCACCCCCUGGCCCACUACAACCACCCCCUGGCCCACUACCACCACCACCACCCCGCCCACUACCACCACCCCCUGGCCCACUACAACCACCCCCUGGCCCACUACAACCACCGCCCCCUGGCCCACUACAACCACCACCCCCUGGCCCACUACUACCACCGCCCCCUGGCCCACCACCAUCCCACCCACUACCACCACCCCCUGGCCCACUACCACCACCACCACCACCACACCCACUACCACCACCCCUUGGCCCACUACCACCACCCCCUUGCCCACUACAACCACCACCCCCUGGCCCACUACCACCACCACUAGACCCACUACCACCACCACCAGGCCCACUACCACCACCACCUGGCCCACUACCACCACCACCAGGCCCACUACCACCACCACCUGGCCCACUACCACCACCACCUGGCCCACUACCACCACCACCAGGCCCACUACCACCCCAGGAAGCCUGUAUCCCUCCACUGCUCCCCUCAGCAAACUCCCUCUGCAUUUCUCUCUUCUGGUGGACUCUAGUGUUCCGUCCUGCGAUGAGGGUAUGUACCUGCCCAGGUUCGUGCAGCCGACACCACACAACGGAGAACAUCUCCACGCCGAGGUCAACAAAGAGCUGGAGUUCAGGGUCAAGGCCGAGGCUACACACUCAACGAUUAAUGAUGUCAUCGUCAGUGGACCUCUGAACAUCACCAAUCACAUGACUACCCAGGGGGAGUUUGUCAUCCGGUGGACACCCAUCCGGGACAAUCUGGGGGAGUAUUUCCCCAUUUGCUUCAUCGCUGAGGGGCUUUCUGGAUCUAGUGUCUAUCAGUCUGAGAUGAGAUGUGUUGUGGUGGAGGUCGGACGCAGAAAGGUCAAAGCCAAGGUGGUGUGUGACGAGACCAAGAUGACGGUAGAAGUGGAGAAGUCCUCUGUUACUGAAAUUCACGAGGACCACCUCCGCCUCAACGAUCCCAGUAACUCUGCCUGCGACCUGCAACGCCUCUCUAACAGCACCCACAUCAUUGGAGUCAUCCCCCUCAAUGCCUGUGGCACUCAGAUAGAGGAGGACGACGACAACCUCAUCUUCAAGAACCAAAUCACCACCUUCGACAACACCAACGACAUCAUCACCAGGCACCACCAGGUGGAGUUCCAGUUCUACUGCCAGUACGCCAAACGUGGCAACGUGUCCCUGGGCUUCACUGCACACAGGGACAGCAUCACGGUGCUGGAGAAAGGCUUCGGCACGUUCACCUACCAGUUUGAGUUCUACCAGACCAGCCGGUUCGCCAACAUGGUGGAUCCCCGUGACUACCCGUUAGACGUGGAGGUGAAGCAGAUGAUCUACAUGGACAUCGAGGCCGUGUCCACUGUGAACAACACUGAGCUCUUCGUGGAGUCCUGCAGAGCGGCGCCGUACGACAACCCCGACUACCAUCCCACCUACCCCAUCAUUGAAAACGGGUGCAUUGUGGACGAGACGGUUCAAAUCUUCUCACCGCGUCACCAGAGGCAUUUCCAGUUCGGAAUGGAAGCUUUCAAAUUCAUCGGAAUGCAUGACCAGGUGUACAUCAGCUGUUCAGUGAUCCUGUGUGAGGCUGGGAACCCCAACACCCGGUGUGCCCAGGGCUGCGUCAACUCCACCUCCCCCAGCCUGCUGGUCACCACCACCACCGCAAGAGAGAGGCCGCCAUGCAAACGGCCAAACACCACAUCUCCCAGGGUCCUUUGCGCCUGAGAAAGAGUUCAGAGAGCUCAGUGACCAACGUGAACAUGGGGUUGAUGGUUGGGUGUAUCGUAGCAGCCGUUGCCAUGCUGUGCGGAGUGAUGCUCUACAAGUCCAAAACAUCAGGUGUUAAAUACCAGCCCCUGACAACAUUUGAGACUUAGUCCCAUGGCAACCAUCCUUUCACAUGUAGUCUGCAUUAUAGAAAGAAGGAUGGUGGGAAAUAUUGAACAUUUGAAAAGUGGUCUCUGACUUUAACGAUGAAAUAAAUGUCUCUUGAGAUCAAUACAAGAAUAUGCAUUAAUCCGUAAACGUACUUAGCGGUGACUCCGAUUAUAACGAUGUGUCUCGGCUGACCAGGUAAAAAGCUCUGAAUAGCCACUGGAGCACCAGUAGGAUUGCAGGUGUUCAUAUAUCACAGGAAGCUGCUGAGGGGAGCACAGCUUAUAAUGUCUGGAAUGGAGACAAUUGAGUGAAUGGUAUUUGAUUCGACUCUACUCGUUUCACUCCAGCCAUUACCAUGGUCCCGUGAUCCCCAAUUAAGGUGCCACCAACCUCCUGUGAUGUAUAUAUAUAUAUUUACUGUAGCCUGUCCUAUAUGCAUUUGACCCAUAUAGUGCCCUCUAGUGUACAAAUGAAAUGUAAUUUACAAAUACAGAACAGCUAAAAACCACACAACAACCGUAGAGGGUUUGGCCCAAAUGUCUCCUACAACUUGUUUGACCAGUUUAACUCCUGCUUCUUCUUACUGUCUGUAUUGUGAUUUGAAUAACAUUCUGCAUGAUCCAACAUGGCUGCCCUGUUACAUGUGGUCAUCAGUGGAGCAGAAGUGCUUUGAUUAACAUCCUGCAUGAUCCAACAUGGCUGCCCUGUUACAUGUGGUCAUCAGUGGAUCAGAAGUGCUUUGA